CUUGCUUUGCAGCAUGUGUUGUCCUCUCUGUGUUUAUCACAAGGUGAGAGCAACAAAUAGCAACAGUGCAUCCUGCCCAAUUUGGAGAAAGCUUUUCUAAUGUUUUCUCCAAGAUUUCAUCCCAUAUUUGGUGGAUAAACAACCCUUAGUAACAGAGGAAGGGCAGCUGUCAGCAGCUGAUCACUACUCUUGAUUAGAGGUUGAGAGUCAAAGAUGGUGAUUUGAUGGUAGCAGUAAUGGAAUGAUGUGUUGAAUAGUGAGACCCACAGUGAUACUGGUCUGCUUUACACUCCAACCCACUCAAGGUUAAAAAAUGGGAGACGCUGCCAUGAAAGAGUUUGGGGUUGCUGCCACUUACCUGAGAAAGUUACAUAAGGACCGGCUGGAGGCCCAGACUCGUCCAUUCGACAUGAGGAAGGAGUGCUUCGUUCCUGACCCUGAGGUUGAGUACGUCAAAGCGUCCAUCAUCAGUCGCAAUGGUGACAAAGUUAAACUAAAUUUGGAAAAGACUGUGACUGUGAAGGAGUGUGAUGUUCACCCUCAGAACCCACCAAAGUUCGAUAAGAUUGAAGACAUAGCGAUGUUCACCUUCCUCCAUGAGCCUGCGCUGUUCAACCUCAAAGAGCGUCAAGCAGCAUGGGUGAUCUACACGUUGCAUUAACUUCUGAUUAUCUGCCACCCUUCUCUUUCUAUGAUAGACCUACUCUACAACAAAGAAGUGGUUGCUGCCUACAGAGGAAAGAAGAGGAGUGAAGCUCCUCCUCAUAUCUUCUCCAUCUCUGACAAUGCCUACCAGUACAUGCUGGUCAGUUCUGACAAAAUUUCUCCUCUCAUUAGUGGAGAAUCUGGUGCUGGAAAGACUGUAAACACCAAACGUGUCAUUCAGUACUUUGCGAGCAUCGCAGCUGCGCCAGGUGGGAAGAAAGAUGCAGCUGCUGAGAAGAAGGGUACCCUGGAGGACCAAAUCAUCCAGGCUAAUCCAGCUCUGGAGGCCUUUGGUAACGCCAAGACCACCAGGAAUGACAACUCCUCUAGAUUUCUGAGUUUCUGUGUGAUUGCAAAAAUGUAUCUGCAAAGUGACUGAAUCAACGGACUCUUCUUUAUCAGAAUUCAUUUCAACAAUCGAGGAAAGCUGGCCUCUGCUGAUAUUGAAACUUAGCUUCUGGAAAAGUCUUGUUUAACCUACCAGUUCAAAGCUGAGAGGGACUACCACAUUUUGUAUCAGGUCUUGUCCCAGAAAAAAACUGAACUUCUGGACAUGUUGCUCAUCAGCAACAACACCUAUGACUACGCCUUCAUUUCCCAAGGAGAGAAAACAGUAACCUCCAUUAAUGAUUCCGAAGAGCUGAUGGCCACCGAAAAUGCAAUUUUAAUCUUGCAUUAUCUUAUUCAGGAAGCAUUUGAUAUACUGGUAUUCACUCAAGAAGAAAAGAACAGCAUGUACAAGCUGACCGGAGCCAUAAUGCAUCAUGGUAACAUGAAGUUUAAGCAGAAGCAGCGAGACGAGCAGGCCGACGUUAAUGGCACUGAGGAUGCUGACAAAGUGGCUUAUCUGAUGGGUCCGAACUCUGCCGACCUCAUCAAAGGUCUUUGCCACCCCAGAGUCAAAGUAGGAAAUGAGUGGGUGACCGAGGGAAAAAACGUCGCCCAGGUGUAUUAUGCUGUUGGGGCAUUGUCUAAGGCAGUGUAUGAGAAGAUGUUUCUGUGGAUGGUAAUAAAAAUGAACCACUCGCUGGACACCAAGCAGCCUCGUCAGUACUUCAUUGGUGUGCUGGACAUUGCUGGAUUUGAAAUUUUUUAAACGAGCUUGAAAACAAUACACACUGUGGAUCCAUUUCAUUACAGUUCAACACGUCUGAGCAGCUGUGCAUCAACUUCACCGAUAAAAAACUGCAAUAGUUUCUCAACCUGUGCUGGAGCAGGAAGAGUACAAAAAAUUGAAUGGACUUUCAUUGAUUUUGGUAUGGAACUGCAGGUCUGUAUUGACCUCAUUGCGAAGGUGAGACAGGCUAUUAGAUGUACAGACACCAAUCAAAAUGAAAAGAAAUAUUAUCUGUUUUUUUCAUUCCACUUAUAUUUUGUUUCCUCCUUCUCCUAUUUUGAUUAGGCAGCCAGUAAUACAUUUCAGUCAGACAACUCACGUUCAAAUGUUUAUUGCAACAGUAGAACAGGUUUAGUGUUUGGCGUCCAGGCUCCAAC